CUGCCGGAGCCAUGUACCGCAGCGGCGCCCGCUCCUCAGUCUCCUCACACCGGCCUAAAGACGGCGGCGGCCCUCGCAGCAGCCGCAGCUCCGGCUCCUCCUCAGGCCCCGUCCGCCGCACUUCGCCGCCACCGCCCUCCUGCUCCUCCGCCUCCUCGUUGCGGACCCCGACUCGCCGGCCCCGCUCGCCCUCAGGGCCCCGCGGCCGCCGGGCCUCGCCAUCUCCGCCGCGGGGUCGCCGCGGCUCCCCGUCCCCGCCCCGCGGCCGCCGGGCCUCGCCGUCCCCGCCGCGGGGUCGUCGCUGCUCCCCGUCCCCGCCGCGGGCCCGUCGCGGCUCCCCGUCCCCGCCGCGGGGCCGACGACUCUUCCCGCCGGGCUCGUCCGGCUUCCGAGGCAGCAGCCGAGGGGAGUCCCGCGCCGACUUCGCCCGGGACGGCCGCGGAGACCAUCCAGGCGACAGCGGCAGCCGGAGACGCUCUCCUGGUCUGCGUUCUGACUCUUUGGAACAGAGCUUAAGGAUCACUGUUGGCAAUGACCACUUCUGUGUUAGCACCCCUGAACGGCGACGGCUUAGUGAUCGGUUGGGGUCACCAGUGGAUAAUCUGGAGGACGUGGAGAGGGAUGAGCUGACUGAUGAUUCUGUCUUCACUAGAAGCUCCCAAUGCUCUCGUGGUCUUGAGCGAUACAUUUCCCGGGAGGAGGGACCUCUGAGUCCCUUCUUGGAACAACUUGAUGACUACCGAACGAGAGAAACUUUUCUGCAUCGAUCUGAUUAUAGUCCCCAUAUCAGUUGUCGUGAUGAGCUCUUGCGGGGUACAGAACGGAACAGAGACAAACUCAAAGGCUCAUACUCUGUACGAUCUGAGGAAAGGAACCGGGAGGCCAAAAGGCCCCGUUAUGAUGACACUGAGAAGAUACACAGCGUGGGAGGGGAGCACCCAAGUUUUACGUCAGGAACUCGGAACUAUCGACAACGGAGACGAAGCCCAAGUCCUAGGUUUCUAGACCCUGAGUUUCGAGAGCUGGACCUUGCCAGGCGAAAACGAGAGGAAGAAGAGGAACGAAGUAGGAGCUUGAGUCAGGAGCUGGUGGGAGUGGAUGGCAGCGACACUAGCUGUUCCAUCCCUGGAUUGUCAGGUGUCCUGACAGCAUCAGAGCCAGGGUAUUCUUUGCAUCGGCCUGAGGAAGUAUCUGUGAUGCCCAAGAAGUCCAUUCUGAAGAAGCGGAUUGAGGUAGACGUGGAGCCUUCUAUGCAGCUUGAGAAUUUUUCCAGCACUGCCAGCUCCAGCCAGGAUCACCCUCUCUACUCUUCACACCCGUCUCUUCCACUGAGUGGUGCUAUUGCUGCUUUUGCCUCAGAGAUUGAGAACAAGGGAACUAUGGCAGAGACUGCCUUGAAAGAACCUCAUGGCAACCUCUACCAAUGGGGUACCCUUCCUGGGUUGCCCAAAGACAGCAGUCCUCACAGAGAAAAUUUUGGAAGUUUUUUAUGCCGCAAGGAGAAAUUGGAUUUGAAGGCUGAGGGACCUGAACGACACACAGACUUUUUGCUGCCCCAUGAGAGAGCCAGCCAGGAUGGUAGUGGUUUUUCCCGCAUUCUGAGCAUGUUAGCUGAUUCUACCAGUACGCAGGAAAAAAGGCGACGUAGCUUCCCUGACAUUGAGGAUGAGGAGAAAUUUCUCUAUGGUGAUGAAGAAGAGGAUUUAAAGUCAGAGUCCCCACCAAAGCCCCUUGGGGGCUCUGAGAGUGAAAUUAUGAGGCAGAAGGCAAGCUCCCUACCCUCUUCAGCUCCAACCAUAAAGCUAGAAUCUCUAGAAGAGACUAAUCCAGAAUAUGCCAAGAUUCAUGAUUUACUGAAGACCAUAGGGCUGGACAUUGGUGUGGCAGAGAUCAGUAAACUGGCUGCGCGUACCCAGGAACGACUUCAUGGCAAAAAACCAUCAUCACGCUCUUCAGCUGACCGCCGUUCCUCAGUUGACCGGCACUUUUCCUCAGUUGAUCACCAUUUCUCAGCUGAUCAACGUUCCGCAGAUCCCCACAGACUGGAGAGUAGGGAGGCACACCAUAGUAAUACGCACUCUACAGAGGUGUCCCAUCCGCACCCAGCCUCCCCUGUGGAUCCUUACCUUCUCACACAAAAUAGCCCUGCAUUCCUAAAAUCUGACCAUCCAGUGGGUCAUAUUUCAAGACCAGACAUGGUUGGCAGUGGGUUUCAGUCAUCUGUUACAGUCAGGUGCUUGUUGCCAUCAGCCCCAUCUACCCCUAUUAGACUUCCACAUUCUGCUUCUUUAUCUCAGUUUCAUAUGCCAAGGGCCUCGCAGUUUGCUGCAGCCCGGAUACCUUCAAACUACCAGGGACCUGCCAUUCCCCCUACCUCCUUUGAUGCCUAUAGGCAUUAUAUGGCAUAUGCAGCCUCAAGAUGGCCCAUGUACCCCACCUCCCAACCAUCAAACCACCCUCUAUCUGAACCACACAGGAUAAUGCCAAUAACCAAACAAGCUACUCGUAGUCGUCCCAAUCUCCGUGUGAUCCCCACUGUGACUCCUCACGAAACCAAACAAGAGGAGUCAGUGCUAGGCUCAAUUCCUGUUGCCCAAGUGCCUGUCCAGAUGUCCAUCCCUUCACUCAUAAGAUAUAAUCCAGAGAAGAUCUCUGAUGAGAAAAACCGUGCAUCCCAGAAGCAGAAGGUUAUUGAAGAGAGGGAAAAACUAAAGAGUGACCGGGAAGCCCGCCAGAAGAAAAUGUAUUAUCUCAGGACUGAGUUGGAGCGGCUUCAUAAACAACAAGGGGAAAUGCUUCGUAAGAAACGAAGGGAAAAAGAUGGCCACAAAGACCCACUUCUGGUGGAGGUGAGUCGGCUUCAGGAUAACAUCAUGAAGGACAUUGCAGAGCUGCGGCAAGAGGCAGAAGAGGCAGAAAAGAAGCAAUCUGAGCUGGACAAAGUGGCUCAGAUCUUAGGAAUUAACAUCUUUGAAAAAUCUCAGAAGUCUUCAAAUGACAGUAAAGAGCCUUCAGAGAAGCCUGGGAAAGCAGAAAAAUCUAAGAGCCCAGAAAAGGUGUCAUCCUCAAACUCUUCCUCCGACAACAAGGAAUCAAAGGUAAACAAUGAGAAGUCCCAUACUGGAAGCCCGGGGUCUGUUGAAAGCCCUCAACCAGCUGCUAAGCAAUCUGAUCAGCCCACUGCUACUUACGAGUAUUAUGAUGCUGGCAAUCACUGGUGCAAAGACUGCAACACCAUCUGUGGGACUAUGUUUGACUUCUUCACCCAUAUGCACAAUAAGAAGCACGCACAGACACUGGAUCCCUACAACAGACCUUGGGCUUCAAAGACCCAGAGUGAGGCCAAGCAAGAUGCUGUAAAGCGCAUUGACAAGAUAACUGUUCCUGCAAAAGGCUCUGAGUUUCUUAUUCCCAUCACUGGAUUUUACUGCCAGCUCUGUGAGGAAUUUUUGGGGGAUCCAAUUUCUGGAGAACAACACGUGAAAGGUCUCCAACACAAUGAGAAAUAUAAGAAAUAUGUGGAUGAAAACCCAUUGUAUGAAGAGCGGCGGAAUCUGGACCGCCAAGCUGGCUUGGCUGUGGUCCUAGAGACAGAACGACGACGUCAGAGUGAGCUUAAGCGUAAACUUAGUGAGAAACCAAAGGAGGAGAAGAAAGAAAAAAAGGUAAAAGUUACGAAAGAAGUAAAGGAGGAUGACAAGGUUUCUGAGGAAUUGGAGGACCAACUCUCUGAGGGUGGAAGCUCUCCUGAAAAAGCUGAGAAUAAGAACACUAGCAUCAAACUUCAGUUAAAAGAAGAGGUAAAGAAAGAAUCACCAACCUCCUCUUCAUUUGGGAAAUUCAGCUGGAAGAAGACAGAAAAAGAGGAAGAAAAAAGUUCAGUGGUAGCUCCUUGUAUCCCUAAGGAAGAGAUAGGGGAAAGCAGUAAGGACAAAGAAGAUAACAGAGCUGAAACUGGGAAGGCAAAGCCCAUCAAAAUCAAGCUGUCUGGGAAAACUGUUGUAGCACACAGCAGCCCUUGGAUGCCUGUUGUGACAACUUCAACGCAGACUAAAAUUCGACCCAACCUGCCUAUCCCAUCAACAGUACUCCGCAAGUCAGGUUCCAUCACAGUGAGCAAGCCUGCUCCUCUUAACACCUUUCUGUCCAUCAAAUCCUCUGGAACUACUGCCAAACCUCUGCCAGUUGUUAAAGAAUCUUCAGCUGAUCUCCUGUUGCCACCAGACAUCAUCUCCAAAGCAUUCGGAGGGGAAGAGGUGGUUCUGAAAGGAUCUCCAGAGGAAAAAACAGUGGUGGCUGAAAAGAAUGAGCUAUCCCAUAUACCUGAGCAAAUGCUACCUCCUCCUCCUCCACCCCCACCCCCACCCCCACCCCCACCGCCCCCAGUUAUACCUCAUCCAGCUGCUCCAUCUCCUGCUCAAGCAAGUACUGUCUUGGCUCCAGUAAAAUCAAACCCAGUUGUAUCUCAAACUCUCAGUCCUGGCUUCCUGGAUCCUAACAUUUUGAACCCAGUGUUGCCUGUAGCCAUCAUGGCCUCAGCACAGCCAGCUGCCAUUCCUUCUGAUGAGACAGCUCCUGGGGUGAGUGAAAGUGACCGGGAUCAGACCCUAUUCUCUGUGUUAGUCCGUCCUCCACCACCACUUUCAAGUGUAUUCAGUGAACAAGCCAAAAAAUUGGAGAAGCGAAAUUCAUGCCUAGCCACAGCCAAUGCUAAGGAUUUGUAUGACAUAUUCUACAGUAGUGGUGGAAAGGGAGCACCUGAAACUAAGCUGAGUGGUGGUCCAUUGGCCAAUGGAGAAAAUAGCAACCUCUCUAGAACUGAAAGUUCAGAUACUUCUUCUACUUCUACAUCCCAGGAGGAGUUGCCUCAACAUAAAGGUUUGGUCAUUGCUCCUGUAGUCAGCAACCCUGAAAAGCCCAUUGCAAAAACUCUGAUGUCCCUAGGGAAGUGGUCAGCUGUAAAGCAUGCGGACCCAAAAACCAGAGGCAGCAGCUAUGGCUUUCUACAACCUCUGACAAGGUUGUGCCAAAGCAGACCUUGUGAAACUAUUACUCCAAAGCCAGAGACUUUGGCAAAGUGGACUUCUAGCUCCUUCCAGAGUGACACUAAUAAAAGUGUACCUCCGGAGGGGAAACUUGAGCUUGACCUGGGAGAGCCAAGGCCACCUGGUUUAGAAACAGCUCCUCAACAGUCAGAUACACAAUGUCAUACCAAGGAAUCUCAGAAGUUGGUAGAAAUCCACCUCAUAGAAUCUGGUAAGCAAGAUAAGGAAAGCCAAGACCUUGAUCAAACUAAAGAUUGUGGAGAAAGUGAGGUGGGGACGAACACUGAACUAAAAGUAAAAGUAGCAGUUGAAGAGGGAAAAGAUAUCAACCUUGGGCCUCACAGCUUAGAAGAUUGUCAUUUGAACCAUGGGGACAGAUAUACGUGGAAGGGAGAAGUGGAACAGCCCAAACUGUUAAUGACUGACAAAGAGGUUGAGCAGUCCAAGAAAUUGAUGACAGGAAGUGAAACCCCAAGUAAAGUAGUGAUGGAAUUAAACGCACAGACUCUCUCUUCCACAAAGACAAAAACAGACUCAUUUCCAUCAGAAGCUAGGACUUUAACCCAGAGCUCACAAGAUAUAACUGUGAAAAUUUCAGCUCCAGAAGUACUGCUUCAGUCCUCAGCCAGAUUAGAUGUGUGUUUAACAGAUAGUCCACAGGAGCAAGGGUUUUCAGCAGGUAGUGAGGAAUGGCUAGAAAAUUCAACUCCAGAAUCAGCUUCCAGAACUUCCAGGUACAGAAGCCUCAAACUCAAGAGAAAAAGAUCAAAAGACCUUCAAGGUAAAAUGGUCUAUGAGCUGGCUGUUUGGGAUGAGAGCAAAACAAGGCCAGAGAGCUGGGUGGAUCCAGAAAAACCGGAAGUGGAAGCUGGGGAGCUACGAGAAGUCCAUCCAGAAUUAACAGUGACAAUAGAAAACAAAGCCUUAGAUGACUUCAAAGCUACAGACUUAAAGGUAGAGGAGCUUGCCGCUCUUGGGAAAAUGGGAGAUGUAUGUGUUGAUUUUUGCAAUACGCGAAUAGACCCAGUUUGUAGAUCCCCAACUGCCUUGUCUCAGAAAGUGUGUGAAGAAAAUUCUGUGUCACCUGUAGGGUGUAAAUCCUCUACUCCCACUGAUUUUAACCAAGUUCCAUCUUUUUCUGGGUUUCCAGUAGAGUCUCCCAAAACCCUGGUGCUUAACUUUGAGACAGAGGGUGAACAAACUUCAUCCGAUCUCAGAAGUGGGAGGAUUACUUCUAACAUGUUGAAAACUGGACUUCCUAUGGAAAACAUUGAUCGAGGCUUUGGAAGCCUAGAGGGAACACACCAGGCCCUUGACCUAUUAGUAGGAGGAAUGAUGCCUGAGGAAGUAGAAGCAGCUUCCCAAUUAGAAAAACAGGAGUCACUCAGAUUAGAAUCAGAAACAAUUAAUCCUGCAGGCCUUGGGCCAUCUCCCUGCCUUCCAGACCUUGUUGACUUUGUCACACGGACAUCAGGAGUUCAAAAAGAGAAACUGUGUUCUUCCCUCUCUGAACCAGGUGACCUUCCUAAGUGUAGUUCUCUGGAGAUGGGACCACUGCAGCUAGAAAUUCUGAAUGCAUCCAUCACAGAGGUAAUAGUUCCCCAAGUAGAUGAGGACAAUAACAACUCUUCGAAUUUGGUAAAAACCCCAGCUUCAAGGUCACCUCCAAGGGAGCAGGUCAUUGGAGGCAAUAUGAUCCCUCAGGAAAUGCCUGAGCAACAAGCUUCAGUUGAUGUCAUCCAGGACUACACAAAAUCCAAUACUCAUGACUAAGAAUAUAUACUCAGAGCUACUUGUGUAUAAUAAUUCCCAGAUGACCCACGACUAGUUGGCAAUCUUACCUGGAACCUAUACCAAGAAAUGCAGUCAACAUCUUACAGUAAAUGUUCGUGGAAGCUAAAAAAUUACCUCCUUUCCUCUUAAAACGCCAGACAAAUUAAUCAUAACUUCUAUACAUAUCUGUAAAAAUGUAUUUUUUUUUUUUGGUUUUUUUGUUUUGUUUUUUUUUUUUUUUUUUGGUCAAUUUAUCUUCUCUUACUUUGCCAUUAAAAUCAGAUGUCUAUCUGGCUCACCACACAGUGUGCUUUGAUUGUAUUUUGGCUUUGAUGCUGCCAUUUCUGGAAUGUGGGGGAGGAGGGAGACAGCUGACUUUGCCAAUUGCUGUGUUAUAUUCCUACCCAAUUUUCUGGGCUGCUUAUGGAUCUCUGGGAGAAACACCAGAAAGCUUGCUGAAAUGGAAAACUUCUGAUGAUGGAAGAAUUGUUCAUCUCUUAGGCUUCCAUUUGGAUGAGCCUGCCUUAACAUUGUUUGAAAUGCAGAGUGAGUAGCUCUUUUGUUUACUGUUUUCUUCCUUUAUUGGCAUGUCAACUCCUGCAUUCCCUUACUCUGUUGCCUUUACUUGAAAUGCUCCUGCUAACCCACAAACCUAUUGGGAAAUGACCUAAAUAAACAUGGAAGAGAAUCUGGCAGGCUCACUUUUAGAAGACAACAAAUCGGUAAGACUUAUUUACAGCCCAGUGCCAGGAGCAGAUGUGCUUUUGGGAUCACUUUUAUUUUUGAAGUGGCCUUUGUUCAUUGUCCUGUGGUCCUGUGACACUUUGUAUUAAAAUGUUUAGCAGCUAUUUGUUGUGAAGAGGUAGAAGAUCUGAAACUUGUCUUGGGAUUUUGGACUCAUUUUCUGUUCUACAAACCCAUGUGUAUCCCUUCCUCUACCUCUGCUUUUCCCAAGUACUUUCCACCAUAGUGUGAUGUUUUGGGUUGUACAUUUUGUUAAAAAAAAUUAAAGAAUUUAUAAGUUGGCUUGGAAAAGUUUAACUUUAUUUUUAAUGUGUUAAUUAUUUGGAAUAAAUGCAUUAAUCUCAAGUUUCUGGAUUUUUGUUUUGAAACUAUACACAUUUUGAACUACAAGGAAAACUAGAACAGUGAAUUCCUACUGUCAUGUUGUCUAUCCCCACCUCCAUUCACUCUUCCCCAACUUCUCAAGAGCCGCCUCUUUCAUGCCUGAAUGUUGCAUAGUCUGCCCCAGUACUGCCUGGAGUGAGGAAUGAUGGUUUGGUGUAAGCAUCUUCCUACUGUGAAUGUUUUGUAUACCUUUGUGUUGGCUUUCCCUAGGCUCUUCUGGGUCAAGGCCCUGCUGAGGAGCUCUUGGGAGACAAGGAGCUCAGUCCUCAAGAUUGUCUGGUCUCUGUCCCAGCUUCCCUUUGACAUCUCUGUUGUCUGCAGUUUGUAACUUGGCUCAACAGAGGCUUUGGAUUCCUAUUCCCCACCCACUCCUCAAAGACAAUGUAAAAUUACUAACCUUUUUUUCCCCUAAGAAUUAUUUCUUCCCUUUUUCCAAUUGUGUACAAAGCCACAGAAUCCCUAGGUUGUUUGGGAGGCUAUUUAAUUUUUCUAGAACUUUGAUUAGUGACAAAUUAGAAAUCAUCCUGGUCUCUCUUCUUCAUGUUGUAGAGAACACACAGAUUUGGGAGAGCUAAGAUCCUUGAAUAUGCCUCAACCAUUUACCUUGCUUUGAUUUUGGACAAGUUACUUCACUGGGUCACAGGGAUGUUUGGUUUGUUUCCUUAUUUAAGAUAAACUUCAUUGUUCCCAUCUCAGCACCAACUAUGUCCAGGUCUUUCUAGGCCUGCUUUUUAGGUUUAAACUUGAAAAUCAGCAUAUUUUUUCCCAAGAGGAAAUUCCCUAGAUUCAUAAUUAUAGCUUAAUUAUAACUGCAUCUAGAAAUGAGUUUUAGCCAAACUCUCAAUUGAAGCAAUUCUAAAAACUUAAAAAUUUUACAAGUUUUUAGACUUAAUGAACCAGAAUUUUUUUAUUUUUUAAUUUUUUUUAUUCAAUGCUCUUUCUGGUCUGGAAACCAUAGACUGACUCAGGGGCCCGUAGGAGAUCUAAAACAAGGUGAGCUUCAGAGAUACUUGUUUACCCAGAGAACUACUUCCUGUUCCAGGAGGUCAUUUUACAGGAAUCCAAGGAAUAUUAUAACUCAGGAUGCCAGUGUGUACUGAUUUUCAUGCCUGCUCACUUGGUAAUUUCCAUCUCUUUGGAGAGACACAUUGGGUUUUCUUGUGGCGGGGAGGGGGGAAAUAGGUGGAGGGUUAAUUAUACCCACUUGACAAUCCUAACCUCACUUGUUCUUAGAGUCAGAAUCUCCUCCAGGUUAAAAGGAGAUCAUUUGGAGAGGGGUAGGGAGGGAGGCAAAAUCUAGGAAGGACAAAACUAGUUCCAGUAACAGGGGCUGGGUUACUUUAAGCCUUAGUAACAACUACUGUUGUGCUGUCUGGAUAACUUCAGAAUUUACACCAAAGGUAUCUACCAAUCUGGUUUUUUUUUUUUUUUUUUUUUCUUUUUCUACAAUAAUCAUUUCUAAGAGUUGAAGGAAUGGCAUUCUUCAUAUCUGCAUUGAGCCAGCAGAGGGAGAGCUUUUAGGAUUCUAUAGUCUGAGCAGGAAGUGUUUCUGGUCUUUUCCUGUUGAUCAGUGGGAUUUGACUUUGGAGCCCGUUCGGAAAAGCCCUGUGAAAGGAAGAGAACUCUAACCUGGUAGUUACUGCCUAAAGGUAGGGCAGUUUCUUUGUUUGCAGUAUUGAGUAAAUUUUUAACUUAGAAGAUAGACACAUGCAAGAAAUGGGCCCUGAUCUUCUCAUGUGACUUAUAGUAUUCUAUAACCAUGUUUCAGAUUUCUGACCAUAGGGUACAGUUUUUAUUGGCUACCCUCAACUAUGAGAACUAAUAUUGGCAAUUUAAAUUGGGGCAAACACCUCAUUUUUUCCUAAGUUUUGCAAGUAAUGCCCUAAAAUGCCACUUGGCUUUGUGAAGAGAGGCCUCAUAUUUUAUAAGCCAUCUUUCUCCUGUUCACAGCUAUUCUAUUUACAGAACACACACUCAAUAUUUCUGCUAAGAUUGCUGAGUAAUAUAGCAAAAUAUUCCCACUUCCUCCAUUGCCCCUUCCUCUUAAAAGAAAAGUUACCUAAUGUUUUGGUAUCAACUUGAUGAAAACUAUCAUUGUCAAGUUCAAGGACUGAGGAAGAAUCAGAAGUGGAAUAAAGCAUGGGCAUACAGGACAUAGGCGUCUAAUUAGGACACCAAAAUAUUUUUUUAAAAAGAUUUAUUUUUAAUUUUAUUUGAAAGGCAGAGUUACAGAGAGGUAGAAACACAGAGGGGGCCAGCACUGUGGCAUAG